AUGUCCUUAGAUUCGACCAAGCAAAGCGGCCAGAGGCAAAACCAAGCAGCAGUUUUGCCAGAAACGGCGCCAGCAUCGCCUUCAAUAUCGGUCCUAACCAACUCCGAUGUGGCUGACGUUUCCGAAAAUGCUGAUGCAAGCUCCAAGGGUUCCUCUGGAAGGCAGCAGCGUGGUGGCAACGUCGAAGCGCACAGCAGCAUUCCGGACCCCCGCAAGUCGGAGAAAGGAACCGUGACCACUUCAGCAACCCCGCAGCCGCCGCAUCAUCACGGCUCGACAUCUUUAUCGCAGCCAAAUGAAACCCGGGAACACCCAAUCGCAGUGCCGCUUGCAUCCAUCGAUUCAGCCACUCUCCAGCAACUGUUUGAACGUCUCGUUAGUAGUAUGGGGCCAGCGCGGCCCGACGGACAGACACUGUCUGGAACAACCGACCUCUCCAACGUGUCGCGUCAACCGCUGGCGGCGGCGCCACGGAACACGGAGGCUACAUUCAACAGCUUUGCUGUUCCCAUUGUCGGAGCGCUGGUAGCACCCGAUCAAAUCGAAUCAAAUCCAGCCGGCGGCGGCGGAAGUCUGCGGUUCUACUAUUUCACCUUCCCCAACGGUGUGUGCGGCUUCUUUCAAGCUGACGGACAGACCACUGGCAGUUUGGUAUCGACACAUGCAUCUCCGCCAGAGCCGACCAUUGGCUCCAACUUGGGAUCCGCCAACGUCAGUUAUUUUCCAGACAGUCAAGCGUCAACGGAUGUCAGAUCAUUCGGCGAUGGGUCAUCCCGGCCAGCGGCGUGUGGCGGCUCCGAGCAGACUGCGGCGUGGGUUGGCGUGGGGGGUCAGGGAGAGAUGCGUGUGGGGAAUGAGGGAGGGAUGCGCAUUGCGGAAGGCCAAGAUGGAGAGAUCCAGAUCACCACAGCGCCGAUAUUACAACUGGUGGCGGAGUGUAGCCAUCCACCGUACGCUCCUCUCGGUGAUAUCGGGCAAGACCAGUCCGUUGAAGUAGCAGUGUCGUCAUCGUUUCACGCAGAUGCUGAUACGAUGGAUAUGGCCCCGCCUGGAGGGAGCGGCUGUAAUGCCAUUGUGCCUUUUGAACCGGAAGGAGCUACUGAAAUGCUUGAGAAUGAUGCUGGUGUGAACGCCGACUUUCACUGCUUGAUGGUCCCUCACCAGAUGCCUGUUUCGUCCAUCACCCCCGGCGCCGCUCCCGAGGGCUUGCACAAUACAAGUGUGGCAAGUGAUACCUGCCAGCACAGCAGGCUUAAGGCGGCUGAACCGGACCGGGAACCUGCUGGAGUGAACUGUCUGCCCUCUGCUGAUGUGCUUGCUACCACUGGUGGCACUCUGGAGGCGCAGGCCGUCACAAGCCUUCUUACCCCUUGGGAGGCUCAGCAGCUGCUUGCUGCUGCUGCUGCUGCUGCUGCUGCUGCUGCUGGGACGAACGGGCCCCAUCGUUCCACAACGCUGGACUCAUCUCACUUGCCUGGCUCCCUAGACGCUCCCCACCCCCCGCACUACCUUGUACAGGCUUCAGAGUUUCCUGUCACGGACUCUCCCAUCGCCAGAGGUGCUGCUGCCGAUGCUGCAGCUCCUUCUGCUGUUUAUACUGCCACUCCUUCUGCAGCUGAUGCUGCAGCCGUCGUUGCCGCUGCUGCCGAUCGCACUGCUGGUGCCGCUGAAUGCACGAAUGCAGAAAGCUUGCUCAUGGGUGGGUGCGACGACUUCACAUCCCUGUUGCUCAUGGACCCUUUCAGCCUCGUUGACUCGCUGUCGCUGCCCUAUCCCUUCGCCUCCUUGGACUCCUUGCCUUCGGCCGCCAACGCGCUGAGAGGAGACUCCCCGAGAGGGGAUAAGCCGACAGGGGUAUUCUCGACGGCUGCGCAAGCAGCAGCUUAUGGCAGAGAGGGAUCAGGAGGAGAUCUUGCAGGUGCUGCUGGGGUGGGACCAUCAAGCGGACAGAACGGAGAUGCGGAGGUGGGAGAGGGGCUGCCACAGGCGAGCUUGGACUUCAUGGCACAGGAGGAGCUGUUUCAGGCGCUGCUGCUAGAGGAGGCACCAGAGAGUGCUGCCAGAAGGCUGUUGAGUGCCACGUGUGGUGCGGUGAUGCCUGCUGGGCCAGCCAUGAAUCAACUGGGAGAUCCUUCUGGGAAUCUCACUGUGAAUCCGUGUGGAAAUCUCAUUGGAGAUCCAUCUGGAGAUCCAACGGUCCACAGCAGCCUGGCGUUCCGCGAAGCCGCUAGCGCACCAGGUGCGGAAACAUGCGUGAUGCCACGAAACGCUGGUGAAUCCAGUGGAACAGGGGUUGCACUUCCAGAUGAAGGGAGGCAGGAGGGAGGCAAGCAGCAGAAGAAGAGGAAGAAGACACAGACGAAGGCUGAGGUGGUGCCAUCAAUGCAGGGUGGGCAGAAGGAUGCUGCUGCUGUGAAAGUGGCCUUCUCUGAAACCACGAGCACCCCAGUCGCUGAAGCAUGCACAAUGCCAAGAAGAACUGGUAGUUCUAGCGAUACGGAGGUUGCACUUGCUGUGGGCAGGAGUGAAGCAGUUUUGAAGGCGGCCGUGGGAGGUGCUGCUGCGGCAGUGGGGAGGGAGGAGGGAGGCAAGCAGCAAAAGAAGAGGAAGAAGGCACAGAAGAAGGCUGAGCUGGUUUCAUCAAUGGAGGUUGGACAGCUGGAAGGAGCUCCUGUGAAGGUGGCCCCACAGGCCAAGAAAGCAAGGAAGCAGAAAGGUUCACAAGACUCCAAGUCCCCUGGCCAGGGCAACAAGAUAAAGGACAACAUCCAUGGAGUGCGGCGGUGGCUUGGGACGUUCGGCACGCCUGAAGAGGCAGCCCGGGAGUAUGAUAAGGCAGCAAGGGAAAUCAGAGGUGAAAGCACCCGCCGAACCAACUUCCCCUUACAGAAGUAG